AGAGGAUCGCAGGAGUCAAGUCAUCGAGCGAAGACUGCAGUAGAAAAGGUAAUCGAGGAAAAGAAAAAGGAUGAAGAGGCGCGAAAAGAAGGCUACGGAAUCUCCUUCCGAUAUCCGGAUUGGAAUUGCAGAUGGCGCCCAACCUUGCGCCACCUCGCCAUCGCCGUCGCCGUCGUCGCCGCAGCUGCCGCCAGUCGAGUCCGACCGACCUACCGACCGCGGGGCGCGGCAGAAGGGGGAAGGGAAGGAAGGGGCUGCGCUCGCUCUCUCGACUCCUUGUAGUCUUCCUACGAUCCGCCAUCCGCUCCGUCGGCCAGUGUUUACGCCGACGACGAGAGGUAUUCGCGAUCGAAACCGGAGAGAACGGAAGAGCUUGGCGCAAGAGAGUUGGAGAAAUAGAGAGUGAGAGGAAGAGAGAGGAGGAAUAGGGAUAAAAUCGAGAGGUGGGGAACUCUAAGGGGAGCUAAGAGGAAGAUGUCUUUCAUGCCGCUGUUGAUACUUUUGAGAGACGAAACAUCGAACGUCGAUACUUUCGAUCGACGAACGGACGGACGUGGCGAUUAGUGGGUCCUCGGGCUCGGGCCCUUCCUCUCGUUGACCGAUGCUCGUCGAUUGACGCGACACUAAUCGUCACGCGACGUCGUCGCCACCACUCUACCACGAUAGCGCACCUCGGUAGCAAGAUAACCUACUCGCAAAACACUCACAGAAGAUUGUCAAGCAGGCGAAUCAUCGCGAUGACGUGUUUCCUCCGUGAACGUGGAUACCCAUCGCGACCACACACGUGUCGAGGACGACGACGGACGACUGGGAGAAAAGCAGUCCAGUAGCCAGAUGAUCGACGCGCUGACAGAUCGCGAUAUCGCUCCGAUAAAGCAUUUUAAUCGCCCCUUCUAGAGCGAGUGCGUCGCGAAGCGGGUGAACGUUCGAGGAGGUGACAGGCGACAGACGACGAAAGUCCGUGCCAUUGUUCGGCAAUCGUAUCGCCAGAAGACGCAUUUGGACGCUGCGAGAGGUGAUCGUAAUCGUCGUCGCCAGGCGGAGACCAUCGGCUCCGAGGAUGACGAGGAUCGACGACCUCGGGAACGCGUAGAGAUUGGUGGAAUAAUUAUUCUUGCACGCCAUGUUGGCCGCGGCGGGCAAGGGCGAGAGAAGAAAUCUGCGCGGAAGUGCGCGACUCUCGUCCAAGAUGUCGGGAAGGCCGCCCCGGUUGCGCGCACUGCGACCGCGGUCGCGGCAGCAACGGACGAGGACGGACGCGACGCGCAGAUCGGAAAGUAACCUUAAAGAGGCCGCGAGUCAUGAGGAGGAGGAGGAGGAGGAGCUCGACGGGAAGAGAUGCGACGAGGAGGAGAAGAAAGCCGAAGACGCGGGGAAGAUGACGGACACGGUGAGCACUGACAUGGCGAAUGAAAUGGACGACGACGAAGACGACGACGGCAACGACGGCAACGAUGGCGACGACGACGAGGUGACCAUGACAGCGAUCGUCGACGAGAGGAACGAAGAGGCGACACCAGACAACGGCGACGAUAUCGUUGACGUUGACAUUGACGUUGACGUUGACGUGGAGAUGAGAACCGAAGGAGGAACGAUGGAGACGACGAACGAGCAGGCUUCUUACGAGUGCAAGAGCUGCAAACCCCCCAAAAUGCUGCCCGAUAUCAAGGCCUACUUGGAGCAUCUUCGUAAGGAGCACAAGUAUAAGGGUAAAAACGGGCACAAUCCAGUCGAAAAUCGUUGCCCUACGUGUUCAUUGAACGUGAAAGAUCUUGAAACUCACCAAAGAGUGCAUCAUUUGAAAAGAAAAUUCUUUCGAUGCGCAAAAUGCGAUUACAUGACGCACAUCAGAGCGCGUUAUACUAAGCAUGUUAAAUAUCAUUCUAUGCCGAUGAUCAAGUGCGAUGCUUGUGAUUUUAGUUCAGCGUAUAAGUGGAAUCUAGAAAGACAUAUGCGGAAUCAUGGAGGUGGAGGUGCUUUCAAAUGUCGCGCUUGUAAUUUUACUGCUGAUAUCCGUCAGAGCUUAACGGUGCAUGAGUCGUAUCAUCACGACCCACCUGUGAGUCAUGUCAACCGCAAAAGUAAUAACGCUUUUGAACGUAAGCCACGAAAUAGUCCGAAACGUUAUAAUCAGGUUGGAGCGAGUGACUUUCGAGCAGCGUUAAAUAAAACUGGAAGUACAACCACGUCGGCCAACUCUACCGAUUCAUUCGUAUCGGAUCAUUCGUUGAUUUCAAUAGACGAUAAGAGAAGCGCUCUAGCCAAUGCCGAAUGCAUUGCAUUGAAAUGCGAAGAAAAGGGAUGUCAAUUUAUAACAGCCUGGGAUUCCGAGAUGCAACGUCAUGUAGCGGAAUGUCAUUCUCCGAUUGCUCCACCCAAGCCAAGGAAACCACUGCCACGAUUAAUUCCAUUAAGUUUAGCUAAUUCUAAGCCCAAUAAUACGGUUGGCAAUAGCGGGCCAUCCACAACUCUGCUGAAAGUUCCACGGGUCAGAGUGAGACCCGAGUUGGCGCAAAUUGCGAGGGAUACAGAACUGGCCAAGAUGUAUGGAAAUAAAGAGGCCGCGAAUUCGAAGAGGGACCUCAAUACCGCAGCCGGUAUAUUUGAGAGAAAGAACGCUUCCUUCUUCGAUAAGCUUAAGGAAAAACUAACGACGUCGGCGUCGAUUAAUAAUAACGGCGUGCCAGAGGUAGCUGUAAGUAGCGAGAACGAUUUGAAAUGCUGGUGUACGUUUAAAGCUAGUAGCAUGGAGGAACUAGCUUGCCACAAACAGACACAUCACACUGCGCUCAGCGUAUCCGUGGGUACGACACGUUGUCCUAAGUGUAGAAGACGUUGCAAGAGUACAACUGAUCUUCAAGUGCACAUGCAAUGCUGCCAUUCGCGCAACGACACAACAUCGUCCAUCGAUAGUAGUUUAGAGAAAAUAACGAAUUGCUCGGACGUCCGCAUGACCUCGUCUUAUCGUGGUGAAUACUCUUUUCCAUCGCAAAUGGAUUGGGACGCGAAUCUCAGAGGAUUAAAUUCUUCUGGAUCCUCGGUUGAAGGUGGUCCGACACAUCCGACCGGGCGGCGAGUAUUCAAAUGUCCCCAUUGUCCGUUUUGGGCUUCCACCGCAAGUCGCUUUCACGUUCAUAUAGUCGGUCAUUUAAACCGGAAGCCGUUCGAGUGUUCUAUGUGCGCGUAUCGUUCUAACUGGCGAUGGGACAUCACAAAACAUAUUAAACUUAAAGCAGCUAAAGACGCAGUGCAUACGACCGCCAGAGUGCUCAUGACGGAUGAGACAGGUCGACGGAAUUAUUCCAAGUAUAACAAAUACCUCGCACAGGUAGAACAACAACCGUGGGACGAAGAUCAUAUGGAGGAACGUAGCAUAGAAGAAGCCAACUCUGACGGACUUGCCUCGACAAAGUUGUUAAUCGUAGACAACAACAAAGAGUACGUUCCGACAAUUGAUCUCGCAUCACAAUCUCCCGUCACGAUCUUGCCAUCGAGCGAGACGAAUCAGAACGGUCAUAAUGUCGAUGUGAGUUUGCGACCUCCACCACCGCUUAAAGCGGCAAUCAAGAGUCGCGGACAGUCUCUGCUGAAGAACAAUCCAAUUACGUACAUACAUACUACUAGCAGCGGCGGUGCGCUUUCUAUAUCUACAGCGACGGAUGAGAGCAAACGCAUUCAGUGGAAGUGCAAACGUUGCAAUUUUCGAGAUUUCAAUAAAGACACCGUCUUGUUACACGUUAAGUCCCAUUACGAAUCUGCUGAUCAGGAACCCACCGAAGAAAGAAAUCCAUUUGGUUGUGGGGAUUGUCCCUUUUCAGCACCAGAUGCUGCGACUCUGUCUCUUCAUAGGAUGCACCAUCGGCCAAAUUUGGAAGCUAUAUUCAAAUGCUAUCUUUGUCCAUACUACGUUAGUACAAAGGCAGAACUGUUGGAGCACGCUAGACUUCAUGGGGAAGAGUUGGCUGCUAUCCAUCAGCAAAACAUGGAUUCACCAAAUUCCAAGAGUAAAUUGCAACAAGUGUCGAUUUCCGACGUCGGCGUUUCUCGAACAAAGAACGAAGCAUCUAUAGAACAAGUGAUUCAAAUAACGUCACGUAAUAAUGUAACGACGACUUCAAAAGCCGCCCCGGGUGUAGUCCCACCACCGCCGCCACCACCACCGUCGCUUCUCCUAGAUACCCGCGCUCUUCCGGACGCUCCGCUCGUCUGGGUAUCGCGACCAGAUGGCACGUUGACGAAGAUGCUCAAAUGUCGUCACUGUCCCUAUGUCUCAUCGCGUCGUGCGGAGGUACGCGACCAUGAAACGAUGCACGUAGAUACACCGGCUCAGGGUCCCUUGAUUGCCUGCACGGAUUGUAGCUUCACCUGCGCGCGUCGGGAAAUUAUGAUCGCGCAUACGGAGAUGCACGCGGGAUCUCUGGGCACCGUUCACUGCCUAGUCGACGAGACACGGCCCGAUUCUCAACAGGCGAGUGACCUAGCCACUCUACUCGGCAUGACGCACACCCCAGUAUUGGGCACCGAACCUGAUUUGCACGACUCUCGUUUGGUACAUUGUUGCGGCAAAUGCCCGGCGCGAUUCCUAUGCGAGAAGGAAUUGCGCAUCCAUCUGCGCUAUCAUACCACAGAGCUAGCGCAUUCGUGCCAAUGGUGCUCGUAUGCGGCACGCCAGUCGACGCAUCUGUUGGCUCAUCAAAAAGCGCAUUCGAGCGAGUAUCAAGAGCGCACCAAGUAUUUGUUAUCUCUAUAUGGGCAUUCACAGCGUUACCCACCGCCCGCGACGGCAUGCGUCGAGGCGGGCAAUCAGGAGAGCAAUAACAGUGGCGUGCCCAAUGUUGCGUGGAUCGUCGUCGAAAUCAAUGAGAACGCGAACAGCAGCGCCGUGUCGGCCGUUCAAAGGACUGGAGGGAAUCAGGUGUUCACGUGUGCUAAAUGCCCAGCGCGCUAUUUCAGGCUGGAUGCUUUGGAGUAUCACAUGACUUUACACGGUUCGAACAAUCGGUUUAAGUGCAACGAUUGCGACUAUUCAUCAAAAACGGCACAGAAUCUGGUCAAGCAUCAGGUGGUACACCGACGACAUAAUGAAGUCGGCGGCGAAACGAUUGCAACGACGCCACCGACCACCGGUGCAGCUACCUCCUCCGCUUCAGUUUCAGCCCCCGUUCUGUCCGUACAACCGCCACCGGAUCCGCAAUUCGGUAUCUUCAUGCGCGGUAAUCCCAACUUUGUUUACCAGGGUUACUUGCGGAACGGCCGUUUAAAGGAAAAGCGCUACAAGUGCCACAAGUGUCCGUCCGCUUUCGAGAAGCGCGAGCAGUACAGGGUCCAUCUAACGCUACACGGUGCUAAGCAACGUUAUCGCUGCGACACAUGUGACUACUCUGUCAAAUAUUAUGCGAAUUUUAUACAGCAUCUGAAAAAGCAUCAGGCAAACGCGGAAGCGCAAGCGUCGCGCAGACAGUUCGAGGAUGAUCAUAUUUCAGUGGACAGCGACAGCAUCACCGAUGUAGCUACGGCAUCGACUUCAUCACGUAAAUCCUCACGAUCAUCCGUCGCCGUUGGGUCUUCCGGUAACAAUGUGACAAACACGUUGCAACCCUCCAAUCAGGAUAAGCAGAGCCUGUUGCUGAUGCAAAAGAAGGGUAUCAUUUCUGCGACGGGUGAGCCCGAUGCAGAAACGAUCCGUUGCCUCAGCUGUCCGUUCUCCAGUACCGAUAAGGAUGUGAUGGACGCGCACAAGCGUCGUCACGGCAUCGAGCGUAUGACUCCGCCAUGUCCGCAUUGCGAUUAUAUUCCGCGAAAAGACGAGAAUAUCGGUGAACACAUCAAACUGCACUUUACGAGAUUAUAUAAACCCGAGUCGUAUCUUAUUGUCGAGUUGCUGACACUGAUGAUGGAAAAGGUACCCAAAAUAAACAAUAAAGAGGAGGAGAAGGGAAGACAGCGGGUGAAAGAGCUCCUGUUCAAGGAAUGCGCCGACGGCAGAUUUCUGCCGCUUACCGAACCGCACUCUCUGUCUCUAGGUACCUCAACCGUAAACAAAAAGAGGGUCAUUGUGGAUCCGAACACAGGCGAAACUAAGAAUAAUCUUGCCACAUAAAUGGAACAUUUUUACUCAACGGUUAUGAUCGCGGACAUUUGUGUCCAUGGCAUAUUUGCACGCAUUUUUCUAUAUAAGAGACGGGUCCGAAAUAGAUGAUAUAGAACUUCGCGAACAAUUAUAAGUUAGUGCGCAUUAUAAAAAUCGACGAUUUUGUUUUCGAGAUAGUUGAUGAUAAAAGUCAGAAUUUAUCAGAGCGAUAAAUUAAUUUUGAAACCAAAUUUCUAUGAAUACAUAUAUAUAUAUAUAGAUUUGUUAUAUCAUGUAAUAAAAUAUUAAUUUUUCGGCCAUGUUUUAGAGAUGCCACGCAUUAAUCAUUUAUAUUGUUACAAUUUCUUACAUUCAUUGUUGACAUAUUGUUCAGUAACUUUAAGCGAUAAUGAAUGUAUGCGAGUAUACUCUAUAUGCAAACUUAAUAGUGUUUUAUGCCAUAUUUUGUUAAUUCUAUGACCACCAUUACUGUAAAUAUUUAUUUGAAACUGCCGGUCUUGUACAAUACAUAAUCAUGUACGAUAAUAAAUGCUCACACUGUAUAUAUA